AUGCCAGCGCCAUCGAUACGCUCUCUUCAGAUGCCGUUGCGUCACCAUGAUGCAGAUCGUCGUGCGUUUUGCAAUGCACCCCCCUCGCCAUCGCUCUCGACAACUACGCGCGCUUCGCUCGACUUUCCUUUACGUCCCGCCGUGCUAAUCACGAGAGCCGACCUGCGCACCUCUCUCGCCGCCUACGAAGCGUUGCUCGCCUCAGCCAAAGCCUACACCACCGCCAUGCUCUCUAUGGCCAAGGCAUCUUCCGAUCUCGCCUGCGCUCUCGAGGCGUGCGCACGCGUCAAGGGAGCGCAUGAUUCCGGUCCAGGUCUGCAAGCCGCCAGUGGUCUGCAUUUCCUCAAGAGCAACUACGAGCAAGUGCUGUGCGAUACGUUUUGGAAAGACUUUUCCAUCCCGCUGCUCAGCCACUAUGACACCUACCGCUCCGCUUGCACCGAACGACAGGUGCUUCACGAUAAGGCAGUCUCGCAAAGAUCAAAACAGCUCAAAGAAGCCGAAGCUCGAAACAACCGCGCCGGUCGUAAAAAGGAACGCGAUCUCAACUCGUUCCGUCGCGCACUCGCCGAACUGCAAUCGCACGUAGAUGCCAUCGACGAGCUCAAGGCGCAGUACUACAACGAAGUGCUCGAUGCAGAGCAAGAAGUGUGGUCGUUUAUCGAAUCCAAGGUCGCUCUCAUCGUACGCUCGCAGAUCGAGAUUAGCGAGAGAAUCAGCUCCAAGGGCUUGAACGAUCCUGUGCUCGAACAGAUGCUCGCCACCAUCCCUGAUCCCUUUGGCAGCUACGGCCCACCCAAACAAGACGGAGAAAUCUUUAGCAUUCUUCCACCCAUCUCGUUGCUCAGCUCGGGCGCCAACAGCGUCCACAACACCAGUGCCGACGCCGCCACCAACGACACUAGCGCUACCGACCUUGAUCUCACCUCCGAAGAUAUCAAGCCUGGUGCUGCUUCCACCAAGACCAAAACCGUCUUGCCCGCCAACAUCAUGUCUCCUUCGACGCCGAGUAAAGGGCUUUCCAGAGCUGCGCUCGGUCGAGGCUCACGUGCCAAUCCCUCAUCGGCCACAGCUACACCUACACGACCGUCGAGUGCUAACAAGGCCGUCGAGGAGUUGCCAAUAGCUUCCACGCCCAACAACAAACCAAGUGCCACUCCCGACUCUUGCGCAGCUGCGACGCCCAAAGCACGCGCCAACUCGAGCAGCUGCCUCAACCGAACUACCCAUCUAGCGCGCGAUUCACUGCUCGGCUUGUCGGCUGUCUCGGAGGCGACCACAACUGUAUCGACAACCGAAACCAGUAGCCCACACGCGACGUCUGGUGGACUGUUUGGCUCGGAGAGUGUCGACUUUGAAGAUCUACUGUCGCGUGAACAGCUUCGCAAGCAUGUCGGCGCAAACACGGAUGCGCCUGUGGAUAAAAGCUCAGAUGAGACCAGCUCACCCCAGGAACCGGAUGCGUCGUCGAUAUCUGAAACACAACCUUCGUCAAGCACAGCUGCGGGUCGACUACGCCAAGUGCUGAGCAUCAUUGAAGAGGACGUCAAUGGUCCGUUGAGCAAAGCCAGUAGCAUGGGCACCGCUUCGCGCCCAGUCUCGGCAGUAUACGAUGCCGGACCGGAUCCAUUUGCCGCUCUCAGCUCGACGCGCGACGACGAGAGCCGAGACAAUGAGCCAGCGACCGACAAUCUGCCCUCGGAGCACCAACAGCGCUCAGAACAACCUGAACGGCGUCACCGUCGAACCCCUUCCAAGCUCAGUAUCGAUUGA